AAGAGUGGUUGUGGUGAGUUGUCAUAGGAAAUGCAUUAAGAAGUAAGUUUUGAAUAAAACUAUGAAAAUUUGGAGUUGGGUUUAAGAAGUUCUGGCUAUUUUGGAAGUGAUGCUUUAUUCGAGUUCUUCAGAGGAUUGACCCACUCUACAUUAAUUAAUGGCUGUCUGCAAUUUUAAUGGUUUUCUUCUUCUGUAGCUGAGAUUGGUUGUUUUUAAAGCUGACCCCACUUGGGAAUUUGUAAUGACUGUAAAGUUAAAAUUUUUCUAAAACGGUGAUCUUCAGCUGUUAUUUUCCUCGGCGUGUUCUGUUGAGACCAGAGAACGAGGGAGGUUGGUGGCAUGGAUGGAUGAUUCUUGAGCUUUCAAGUUUCAACUUCAUGGGUUUUCUGCUCUUCUUCUAAGGUCUCUGAAUUUUUCUUCUUGUGGAUUAUCAGUUGGUUUAUUUGAAUUGGAGCUUACAAAAGAUUGGUUUGGGAGAAGGAAGGAUGAUUGAAAGGGCAGAUAGUGAAUCAGGUGCCAAAUUUAUGGCUUCUGUGGCUUCUGUGGCUUCGACAUCACUUGAAGACGAAGCUACUGAUAGAGGUAACAUGUGGGAUUUGGAGCAAAAGCUUGAUCAGCCCAUGGACGAGGAGGCUGGAAGGAUCAAGGAUAUGUACAGAGAAAAGAAAUUUUCGGCAAUGUUAAUUUUGAGACUUGCAUUCCAGAGUCUUGGUGUUGUCUAUGGAGACCUGGGCACAUCUCCCCUAUAUGUUUUCUACAAUACAUUUCCUCGUGCAAUCGAAGAUCCAGAGGACGUCAUUGGAGCUCUCUCGUUGAUUAUAUACUCACUUACUCUUGUUCCACUCCUCAAGUAUGUCUUUCUGGUGUUGAGGGCAAAUGAUAAUGGUCAAGGUGGAACAUUUGCUCUUUAUUCAUUACUCUGCCGACAUGCAAAGGUGAAAACUAUACCGAACCAGCACAGGAAAGAUGAAGAGCUAACAACAUACAGUCGACAUGUAUUCCAUGAGAAAUCAUUUGCUGCAAAAACUAAGAGAUGGUUAGAGGGACAUGAAUACAAGAAGAAUGCACUUCUUAUUCUUGUCCUUGCUGGCACUUGCAUGGUGAUUGGGGACGGGAUUCUAACCCCAGCCAUAUCAGUUCUUUCAGCUGCUGGGGGAAUAAAGGUAGACCACCCUAAUAUGAGUAAUGAUGUAGUUAUCAUUGUCGCUGUGAUAAUAUUAGUAGGUUUGUUUAGCAUGCAACAUUAUGGAACAGAUAGAGUUGGAUGGCUGUUUGCUCCAAUUGUCCUUCUUUGGUUUCUCCUUAUUGGAGGUAUUGGUGCAUUUAACAUAUGGAAGUAUGAUAGCACUGUUCUGAAAGCUUUCUCCCCAGUUUACAUUGUUCGGUAUUUCAGGCGAGGAGGGAAAGAUGGUUGGACCUCCCUUGGAGGGAUCAUGCUUAGUAUCACAGGGACAGAAGCACUCUUUGCAGACCUAGGAAAUUUCCCAGUGUUGGCUGUUCAGAUUGCAUUCACAGUAAUUGUGUUCCCUAGUCUUCUUUUAGCAUACUCGGGACAAGCUGCUUACCUUCUGAAAAACCAGGAUCAUGUGGUAGAUGCAUUUUAUCGUUCAAUUCCAGGGGGUGUGUACUGGCCUAUGUUUAUUAUUGCAACAUUAGCUGCUAUUGUUGCUAGUCAAGCCACCAUAUCUGCUACAUUUUCAAUUAUCAAACAGGCCCUAGCACUUGGCUGUUUUCCAAGAGUAAAGGUUGUUCAUACGUCAAAGAAUUUCCUUGGCCAGGUAUAUAUUCCAGACAUGAAUUGGAUCCUCAUGAUUCUCUGCAUUGCUGUCACUGCUGGAUUCAAAAAUCAGAGCCAGAUUGGAAAUGCAUAUGGAACAGCGGUUGUGGUAGUCAUGCUGGUGACGACAUCUCUCAUGAUUCUAAUCAUGUUGCUUGUUUGGCACUGCCAUUGGAGUCUUGUCCUAAUCUUCACCAUUUUAUCAUUAGCCGUGGAACUAUCAUACUUUUCAGCUGUACUUUUCAAGGUUGAUCAAGGUGGUUGGGUCCCGCUUGUAAUUGCAUCUGCCUUUCUUAUCAUCAUGUAUGUCUGGCAUUAUGGAACAGUGAAGCGUUAUGAGUUUGAGAUCCACAGUAAGGUUUCCAUCGCAUGGAUUCUUGGUCUAGGUCCCAGCUUGGGGUUGGUCCGAGUCCCUGGUAUAGGCUUUGUGUACACUGAAUUAGCUAGCGGGGUGCCUCAUAUUUUUUCUCACUUUAUCACCAACCUUCCUGCCAUCCAUUCUGUUGUUGUAUUUGUGUGUGUAAAGUACCUACCUGUAUACACAGUGCCUCAAGAAGAGAGGUUCCUUGUAAAACGGAUUGGACCUAAGAAUUACCAUAUCUUUCGGUGUGUUGCAAGGUAUGGUUACAAGGAUCUCCACAAGAAGGAUGAUAAUUUUGAGAAGAUGCUCUUUGACAGCCUUGUCCUAUUUGUCCGUCUUGAGUCGAUGAUGGAGGGAUGUUCAGAUUCAGAAGAAUACAGUUUGAAUGGUCUGCAAACCAUGAACUGUCUGCAAACCAUGAAGUCAGGGGACUUCCUACUAACAGAGAACAGCAGCACAUUCACUUCCAACAUGGAGCGCACAAUAUCAGACGAGGACUCAAUUGUUCCCAUGAAGUCCCCAUUGGCAGCCAACAUUGUGAGGUCAUCAGGGCAGACCAGCCAGAAUGAACUGGAUGAGUUGGAGUUCUUGACCAAUUGCAGAGAUACUGGGGUGGUGCACAUACUAGGGAACACAGUGAUAAGGUCAAGAAGGGAUUCAAGGUUACUUAAGAAGAUUGCAAUAGAUUACAUUUAUGCAUUCCUUAGGAAAAUAUGCAGGGAAAACAGUGUGAUCUUCAAUGUUCCUCAUGAGAGUCUCUUGAAUGUGGGGCAGAUAUUUUAUGUGUAAUUCUUUUGACACUGGUUCAAUGAGAGAAAUCAUGCUUACAUGUAUU